AUGAACUUUCAACUACUACUUUCAGUAAUAUUCUUGCUCAUUGCAAAGUGCCAAGCAGACAUCACAACCACGGCAUCUGCAUCGGGCUCCUCCUCGUCGGCGGGAGCGUCUUCGUCGUCGUCGUCGGCUUCAUCGGUUAGUCCCACCUUGGUAUGGGUGACGGGAACAGAUAGCCAGGGAAUCACCCGAACUACACAAUCCAUUUUUUACCAGACGUUCAUCAAGACAUACACCGCGAAUGAAGAGACCUAUUCCCUGGGAAGUAUAGGCGUCGGCAGCAUCGAUACCGAUUCCAUCUCGUUGGGAAGCUUUAGAUCGUACGAAGUGACCACCGUUUCGCUGGUUGCUGGUGCUGCUCACUUGAAGAAUGGGUUGCAGCUGGUGUUUUACGGACAACAAGAUGGCCACGGCGACGGCAUGGGCAGAACUUUGACUAUGGUUCUCACUUGCACCAUGGUCUCCUUCAUCUCGUCACUUUUGUUUGUUUAA